GUUUCAGUACCUACCUAUGAUUUUGAAAAGUUUACUGUUUACAGUUUACAACACUCUGGAUGUUGAAAGGGAUGUGAAAAAGGGAUAUCUUCAUUCAUAACUUUAAUUACAAUGGUACUUCAAAAUACCGGUAAAUAUAAAGCUGAUAAAAGUGAUGCUUAUGGACGGAGAGAGCCAGGAUCCUCGUCCGGGCCAAGAGAGGAGUCUUCAGAAUCACGAAUUCGGAUAGCAAUAGAAAAUGAUAGAAUCGACUCAAAGUAUGGAUUCGAUAGAGUUCGUGAUACAAAAGAACGUACCGGUUAUCUUAUUAAUAUGCAUACGGCUGAAGUACUUGAUGAAGAUAAGAGGCUAGUUGCAGCCAUGGAUUACUAUUUCAUUGAGAUGGAUGGUGCAAGGUUCAAGAUAUCCUUGACUUUUCAACCCUACUUCUUGAUAAUGGCCCGUAAGGAGUGUGAACAGGAAGUUAUACAGUACUUGUCUAAGAAAUUUGCUGGCACUAUACAUAAGAUAGAAGUUAUUGAAAAGGAAGAUCUGGAUUUGUUAAAUCACCUCUCAGGUUUAAAACAGCGCUACAUAAAACUAUCAUUCAUGUCCCAAAACGAAAUGAUGAAAGUGAGAAGGGAAAUAUUGACAGCGGUGAAUAAAAAUAAAGAGCGAGAGAAGAAAGAUGCAAUCUAUGCUGAAAUGUUAACAAACGCACUUACAAGUGCUGCAGCUAUCGAGCAUGCUAAAAAAACUACAGAUCAUAUGGAGAAUAUUCUGGACAUACGAGAACAUGAUGUCCCAUACCAUGUAAGGGUAUCAAUCGACAUGAAGAUAUUCUGUGGAACCUGGUACACUGUGAAGUCCAGAGGCACAGAAACACCGAUAUUCACAAAACGAGAAGAUCUGCUUGAAAGACCGGAUCCAAUUGUCCUGGCGUUUGAUAUUGAAACUACGAAAUUACCUUUGAAAUUCCCUGACUCACAAACAGAUCAAAUUAUGAUGAUAUCAUACAUGAUUGACGGUCAGGGGUAUUUGAUUACGAAUAGGGAAAUAAUAUCAACUGACGUGGAAGAUUUUGAAUACACACCAAAACCUGAGUUUGAAGGGCAAUUUAUUAUAUUCAAUGAAGUAAAUGAGUUAGCGUUGAUACAAAAGUUUUUUGAUCACAUAAUGGAUGUGAAGCCCCAUAUUUUUGUUACUUACAACGGUGAUUUCUUCGAUUGGCCAUUCGUCGAGGCUCGAGCAGCGAUACUAGGGCUUGAUAUGAAGCAAGAGAUCGGUUUCAGUAAGAUAGCCGCUAGAGACGGCACCUACGCGUGUAGACCUGCUAUGCAUAUGGACUGUUUAUGUUGGGUAAAACGUGAUUCAUACUUACCAGUCGGAUCACAAGGCUUGAAAGCAGUGGCCAAAGCGAAAUUAAGAUACGAUCCAGUGGAGCUAGAUCCAGAAGAUAUGUGCAGGAUGGCUGCUGAACAGCCACAGGUACUCUCAAAUUACUCAGUAUCUGACGCAGUAGCGACAUACUAUUUGUACAUGAAGUAUGUCCAUCCGUUCAUAUUUGCUUUAUGCACCAUCAUUCCUUUGGAACCAGAUGAGGUACUCCGAAAAGGUUCAGGCACAUUAUGUGAGUCACUGCUCAUGGUGGAAGCGUUCCACGCGAACAUUGUGUUCCCGAACAAGCAGGUGGAGGAACUUAACAAGUUAACUGCAGAUGGCCAUGUUCUGGAGACGGAGACGUAUGUGGGGGGACAUGUGGAGGCUCUGGAGUCUGGUGUAUUUAGAGCAGACAUCAAAUGUAAGUUUCGCAUAGUGCCUUCAGCAGUGGACAAAUUGAUAGAUGGCAUAGAGAAGACAAUGAAACACGCCAUAGAGGUCGAGGAGGGGAUUCCCCUGGAUCUAGUGACGAAUUUCGACGAAGUUUGUGGUGAAAUCAAAGCAAAGUUGGAACAUAUGAGAGACCAUCCAAGGAGAGACGAAAAUCCGCUCAUAUACCAUUUGGACGUUGGUGCUAUGUACCCUAAUAUUAUAUUGACGAACCGGCUCCAACCGUCCGCCAUGGUGUGUGCGAGCGUGUGCGCGGUGUGCGACUACAACAAACCCGGCGCCGACUGCCAGCGGCACAUGGACUGGAUGUGGAGGGGGGAGUAUUUACCAGCGACAAGAAGUGAAUACCAGCGUAUUCAACAACAGUUGGAGACGGAGAAAUUCCCGCCAUUGCACCCUGGUGGACCGCCUAGAGCAUUCCAUUCCUUGCCUAAGGAGGAACAGGCAGGAUAUGAAAAGAAGAGAUUAGCGGACUAUUGUAGGGUCGCCUACAAGAAGACUAAAGUGACGCGCACGGAAGUUCGAACUAUUACAAUAUGUCAAAAAGAAAACUCCUUCUAUGUGGACACUGUUAGAGCUUUCAGGGAUCGUCGUUACGAAUACAAAGCGCUAAACAAGCAGGCUAAAGCAUUAGUAUCAGCGGCCGUAGCGAGCGGAGACGCGGCGGAAAUAAAGUCGGCUAAGAGUCGAGAAGUGUUAUAUGAUUCCUUGCAAUUGGCACAUAAGUGUAUUCUGAACUCGUUUUAUGGAUACGUGAUGAGGCGUGGAGCUAGAUGGCACAGUAUGGAGAUGGCCGGUAUAGUUUGUUACACCGGCGCGAACAUUAUCAUGAGAGCAAGAGAGAUUAUCGAACAAGUUGGCAGGCCACUCGAGCUCGAUACUGAUGGUAUUUGGUGUAUUCUACCCUCAUCCUUCCCAGAAAAUGUAACAGUACAUACCACUCAUCAGAAGAAAAAGAAAAUAAAUGUUUCGUAUCCAAAUGCUGUUCUGAAUGCCAUGGUUAAGGAUUAUUUCACUAAUGAUCAAUAUUACGAAUUAGUGGAUCCAGAUGAGAAAAAAUAUGAAAAACGUGCAGAAAAUUCAAUCUUUUUUGAAGUGGAUGGACCUUAUCUUGCUAUGGUUCUGCCAGCUUCUAAAGAAGAAGGGAAGAAAUUGAAGAAACGAUACGCUGUUUUUAAUUUUGACGGGUCUUUAGCAGAAUUGAAAGGUUUCGAAGUAAAACGUCGUGGCGAGUUACAAUUGAUUAAAAUUUUCCAAUCAUCAGUAUUCGAGGCUUUUCUCAAAGGGAACGAUUUAAAGUCUUGCUACGGAGCUGUCGCUAAAGUAGCCGACUAUUGGCUAGAUGUAUUGUACAGUAAAGGCUCAAAUAUGCCCGAUUCUGAACUAUUUGAAUUAAUUUCGGAGAAUCGAUCAAUGUCUAAGAAAUUAGAAGAUUAUGGUGGACAGAAGAGUACAUCAAUUUCCACGGCUAAGAGAUUGGCAGAGUUCCUUGGUGACCAAAUGGUUAAGGAUGCUGGAUUGGCAUGUAGAUUUAUAAUAUCCCGCAAGCCAGACGGUGCACCGGUCACAGAAAGAGCUAUUCCUCUUGCCAUAUUCCAAUCACCAGCGGCCGUUAAACGACAUCACUUACGUCGAUGGUUAAAGGACAACACUAUAUCUGAAGAUAUCGAUAUUAGGGACGUGCUAGAUUGGGCGUAUUAUAUCGAGCGAUUGAGUGGCGCUAUACAGAAGAUCAUCACUAUACCCGCAGCUAUGCAAGGACUGGAUAAUCCAGUACCACGCGUACAAUAUCCAGACUGGUUGCACAAGAAAAUGUUAGCUAAAAGUGAUAAGUUCAAAACAAGGAAGAUUACGGAUAUGUUCAGUGUGCAGCCCAAGGAAGUGAGAGAUGACAAUGAUGAAGAACCUUCCACUAGUAAUAGUGAUGAGAAUGGUAUAAUAGACAUGGAAGAUAUCGGCAAAGAGCACUCGGACAAAGAAAUAAGGCCGAUGGUUCAUACAGUGAAAAGGAAAAGGGAAGAAUCUCCAGUGAAAGAAGCUGCCACUUGGCGGGAGGCACUUGGUCCACCGCCGCCGUUUGGAAAUACGAAGGAGGAACGCUUAGCCUGGAUUGUUUUUCAAAAGAAGAAAUGGAAAUGGCAAAUAGAUCAAAGGGGAUUAAAUAACCGCAGUAAAAAAGGUAAAUUGGAUAAAGACAAUACAGUAUUGCCAAAGACUGUGGGCGCUUCAAACACCUUGGGUGGAUUUAUAAGAAGAGCACAGCGCACAUUAUUAAACACUCCAUGGCAGAUUAUUCAGAUAGCGGAGACGGGUGAGCCCGGGCUGUUCCGGCUGUGGGCGCUGGUCGGUACCGAGCUACAUCAGAUCAAGCUGACCGUUCCGCGCGUGUUCUACGUGAACCGGCGGGUAGCCCGCAGCGCGGACAGCGGGCCGUACUGGCGCAAGUGCACCCGCGUGCUGCCCCGCGCGCAACCCGCGCACCACCUGUACCAGUACACCGUGCCCGAGCUGCUCUACCGGGAGAGGCGCCAAGAACUGAUGAGCGAGCUAUCCGCCCCAGAAAUAGAAGGCAUAUACGAGACACAAAUGAGCUUGGAAUUUCGAGUUCUUGUACAACUGGGAUGUAUUUGUACUGUAGACCAACAAGAAGCUAGAAGAUUAAUACAAUUCGGAUCGAAUAACAUGGACUCAUUUACGCUCAGUCAACUACAGUUUAAAAGUGUUGCACAUCAACCAUACCUACAAAAACAGGAUGAUGUAUCACCGAUAAAACAUAUAUUCCUGUACCAACAUUCUGCACCGAAUUCCAGUCGGAGUAUGUGGUCUCUAGUUUUGGGACCAAUCAAACGAGCGUAUAUUUUUGUUCUCGACACGGUGAAGACAAAUCAAGUUCCUAAUAUGAACACAUUGUAUUCCGCGGAAAGAACUGCUAAGAUAAACUUAGGGACAGAAGAAGCUACAUUACCAGGUUCAGAAUUAAACUGGGAAGUGUUAGUGGAAACGGAGGCUAGAGCAGUAUACCGCGGAAUACAGAGGGCGCUGCAACGUUAUAGAGACGAGAAGUGUGGGCCCACUGUAUUGGCGUUACAGACUUCAUUAUCUAGUGGUGCUUUGUUAGCUCUAAUGCCGGGUCUCUCGGACUUCCCCUUGGUGCCUCUACACGUUCGAGACGUAGAAACUCUGUACAAUACACUGGAGUGGCAGCGGAUCGGCGCUCGGGCUAUAGUGCGGCAUUAUCUUAAUUUGGACUCCGUUUUGAAUCUUACUAUAGAACAGUGCAGAUAUUUCCACGUGCCGAUCGGCAAUAUGCCAGCGGACCCAACGUUGUUCGGGGCAGAUCUUUUCUACGCAAGGCAUUUGAUCAAACAUAACUUCGUGUUGUGGUGCUCUAACUUGGAACGACCGGAUUUAGGUGGAAGGGAAAUUGAUGAUAAUAGGCUAGUAAGCGAAGUGGAAGACAGCAAGUCGUGCGCAGUGAGCUCGAGCGGUGCGUACGGCAGUGUGUGCGUGGAGCUGGACACGGACGCGCUGUGCGUGUGUGCGUUGUUACAGGCGCACCACAUACUGCAGGUUGAAGGUACCAGCGUUGCUACGUCAUUCGGUGCACAACAUGCAAACAUACAGGACGUGAUGGCAAAUACAGGUUCAAACGCAACAGUAAACUACGACGAAACGGCGCAAUGCAGCGCCGCUUUCAAAAUAUUACGGACCAUGAUAGCGUCCUGGUUGAGAGACGUCACUAUGUAUAAGAAUGUGUUCGCUGACUUUCAGAUAUCACACUUUUAUAGGUGGCUCAAAACGCCAACAUCUCUGCUCUACGACCCGGCACUCAGACGCACCCUGUAUAACCUUAUGAAGAAGUUAUUCCUUAUGUUAGUGGCGGAGUUCAAACGGCUCGGAUCGCAAAUCGUGUACGCAGACUUCAAUAGAAUUAUAUUGUGCACUAAGAAAAACUCUGUUAUGGAUGGUAUCGGAUAUGUGGAGUUUGUAGUACAAAGUAUUAGAAAUAAGGAAUUGUUCCAUGGAAUCGAUAUCCGAUACAAGCAAUGCUGGUCGUAUUUACUUUGGCUGGAUGAAGCUAAUUUUGCGGGAAUACAGGGUAAGCUGCCAGAGGGUUUGGUAGAAGUUGGUUCCUCACAAGUGCCGCAGUCUUCUGAAGAAGGAGAGGAUCACGAGAACGCAGUAACAAUGCAGUGGAACCUUGCGAAGCAGCUCCCUGGCGCAGUUCGGGAAUACUUCUGCAGCGCAGUGGCCGGUUUCCUCAGUGCAGCGCACGCACAACCCACACAACUAGCCACUUUGCUCUCUACGGAUAUGUCGCAAAAGCUGUUCCAGAUCACAGAAAAGAUAAGGUCACGUAUGCCAACGUUGAAGCUAUCGGACCUGGAUGAUCAGCCCGGUCUCAUGCCGGAAGCGCUGGAAGGCUGUACUCCAGCGCUGUUGUUUAUUAAUGCCCUUUGUAAGGUGCUCUCGCUGGACGAGGCUUUGGAAGACCAGGUGACAUUACUCCGCAGAAACUUACUCCGACUGGUGGGUGUGGGUGAAUUCAACCCAUUAGGCGAAUGGAAACGCGCAGGCGCGGCUUGCGAGUUGGCUGAAGUGAUCUGCAAAGUGUGCAACCACUGCCGCCAUCUCGACCUGUGCUUGCACGCGCAACGCGACGCGAGCGACCAAGUGCCGGUCUGCUUAUGUCCUACUUGCGGAACUCCAUAUGAAAAUCAAGAGUUGGAGUGGCGACUCAUUGAGAUAUUAAACCGACGAGCCAUGUCCUACACACUGCAAGAUCUGAUAUGCACCAGAUGUCAUCAGGUAAAAAGAGAUAAUCUCUCAGUUGUGUGCGAGUGCGCGGGAGAAUUCGCGCUCAUGGUGUCUGUGAAGGAAAUCAAGUCACAGCUUGCGACGUUCAAGACAAUAGCAGAGUUUUACAAAAUGCCCUUAUUGUUGGAACUCAUAGAAUUUAAUUUAAGUAAUAUGUGAUAUCAGGAUAUGAAUAAAAUGUGUUUUAAGUC